AUGGGUUUACGACGAUCACUCAUGCUAUUGACAUCCUACAUAUAUCGAAUUAUUUUGCCAAUUAGUCGAAAUUUUCGUUAUUGGCUACUUGCUAUUAUUGCAGUGACCAUCUGUUUCAUCAUUGUUAUAUCUAUUACAGUAAAAAACACUUCAUCAAAUUCAAAAACGAAGGAAAAUAAUGAAAUUAAUGAUAACACAGCAUUAAGAGAAUCACAUGAAAAAAUAUCACCUGAAGCACGUUUACGUUAUUCAUUUCUUGAUAUUGAUGAUCUUGAUGUUGACAUUAAUUAUCUUAAUGAAGACUAUCAUCCUGCACAACAGUUAAAUAAUAACCUUCCAUCUACAGCUAGUCAUCAAUAUUCACGUAUACUCGAUGUUAAAGGUAAUCCAAACGUUAUCAUAUACAAUCAACUACCACAAUGUUAUGAAUCUACUAUGGGAUUAUUAUUACAACAUAUAUCUUAUUUUCAUUCAUAUACUUAUGUAUCAAGUCAAAUAUAUGUUCCAUAUUCUUAUGAUAAAUCAUCAUUAAUAUUAAUAGCACAAUCAUUAAAUAAACAUAAAUUUAAACAAUUAAUAUACGAACGACAUAUUUAUUUUUUUGAUCAUUAUGCAUUACAAUUUUCUAAUCAUCCUGUAUGGAUUAAUUUAAUUCGUGAUCCAAUAUAUCGCAUAGCAGCAGAAUAUGAACAUUCACGUGAAAUUUGUCGAACAACAGAUCGUUGCUUUGUACAAGAAGAUGCAAUAAGCGAAACACUUGAUGAAUGUGUUAUAAAACGAUCACCAAAAGAAUGUAUUUCAUCACAAAAUGGUGUUUCACGAAUGUUACCAUUUUUUUGUGGAUUAAAAUAUCCAAUUCGAUGUCAAGAAGAAAAUGAUUGGGCAUUAAAACAAGCAAAACAAAAUAUUGAUUUUUUCUAUACAGUUGUUGGUAUUGCAGAAGAAUUUUAUAAAUUUCUAUAUGUUCUUGAAAAACUUCUACCAAAAUAUUUUAAACUUAUUCGUCUUGUAUUUAUGAAUCAACGGGAUCCAAAACAUUUGAUAGAUGAAAGAGAUUUGAAUAUUCAACUUCCAAAUAAAAAUACGACGAAACUUCUUAUGCCAUUUCUUAAAUACGAAUAUGAUUUAUACAAUUAUAUUAAACAACGAUUUUUAGAUCAAUAUCGAAUAUUAGUUGAGCUUGAUAAUUGA